GAGUCGGUGUGGAAGGGCAGAUCAGGCCAAGUCGACCCGGGCACGUAGCAGUUCGCUCCCAUUUUCGGGAGAAAUGGAUGGAAAAUGGAGGAAAGGGGGAGGAUAAAAGGACUGGUCCAUAUCAUCAACUAGCCAACCUCUCUUCUCUUCAAACCCUUCGUUUCCCUCUCUUCCUCCUCUGCUUUUCUUGGAAGCUACCGCUGAUCUUCCCUCGUAAUUCUCCUCGUCUUCCGAAUUCUAUAUAUAAACCCACUCUCUGUUUCUCUUCUCCCAAAAUAUUACCGAUCAAAUAGGAAUUCGGUUCAGGAGUGGGGGCCCAUAAUUGCAUGACGAGCGCAUCGGAGCUUUUCUCCAGAAGGUCUCGUCUGGGCCGAGCCGCGCCACCCGCUGAUUUCGAGGGGCUUGAAUUGCCUGAUGACCGGAGUUUUCAUUACGUCUCCAAUCGUCGCCGUCACCACCAUCGCCAUGAUCCCGAUGGCUGCGACCCUCUCCGGCGGGCUCAGCAUUUCAGGCACGUCUCCCAUCGCGUCCACCGUCCGGAGCGUGAACCGGUUCGGCUGGACCAAGCUACCCAUCAGCCCAGUUCUAGCGGCAUCAACAGUGUCAGUGCCGAUAUUUUAAGUGGUAUAAGCCACAGGCAGAGAUUCACUGGGAGUGACAGGCUUCCUGGAGCUGUGUUGCUUGCAAGGGAAAGACUUCUUGCAAGGUUGAGAGGUGUCCCACUUUCUGGAAACAGGCGAAUCAGCAGACCUUCAUUAGACUUCCACCUUGAUGAUUUCACAUUUGGUGAUGACUUCAGGCUCAUAGACGUGGGGGACUGGAGCACUGGGUGGUUGACAGGAGGCACUCCCUCUUCUGAUUUGAACUCUGUAACAAUGCUGCCACCUUUAAUGCGAGAACCAAGCAAAAGGAAGCCACCUGGACUCACUCAGGAAGCCCUGGACUCCUUGCACCGAGCGGUGUUCAGCAGAGCAGAAGGUGCAGAAGAAGGGAUGUCAAGAGCGUCACGGGACUGUUCUAUAUGUCUGGAUGGUUACAGGGAAGGAGACAAACUGACAUGCUUACCUUGUGGGCAUAAGUUCCAUUCUGCCUGCCUGGAUCCAUGGGUUCGUACUUGUGGGGACUGUCCAUACUGUCGCAGUGUUAUAGAUAUAAGCUCGUAAAUAGCCGCAGAACCAUAAACAGGACGGGAAGUCCUCACCUGAGUUUUGUGAAUCAGGGGUUUUUCUUAGAUUGUGGUUUAAGUUUUGGGAGUUGACCAAAUUAGGGAAAUGCAUUGUAAUUUUACCAUGUACUGUUGUUGUUUUGUCGUGAGCGACUUUUAACUUCAAACACCUGUUCAUGUUGUUUACUUCCCUAGUCGUGUAGCACAAACAUGGCACAUGUGGCUACUUUUUUAGAUCAACUGUACGCUUCUUCAAACCGAUUAAAGAUUAUCAAUUUUUUGUGUUUUUGAGA